AUGACUCGCGGGCGACCUCGCGGCACAAGCGCGGUGCAGGCAGGAGGCCGGCGGGCAGCGGCGUGGAGCGCGGCGCGCGGCCGCCGGCGACGGGCCGAGCGCGCCUGGGGCGAGGGCGUUCCGCAAGUGAGCAGGCUGCCGCUGAGCGUGGCGCGGGCGCGUGCCGCGACGUCGCCGGCCAGCGUCCCCAGCCUGCCGCCCCCGCCGCGGCAAGAGCGACGUCCGGCCCGCUGCCGGUACUGCGCGGGCAGGAGCAAGACGCCCGCGGCGCUGCCGCGCACGGCGCCCGGCGACGCGCCCGGGGACAUGUUCGCGGAGCUGUUCGGCGGCGAGCCGGCGCCCGAGGAGGAGGCGGCGGCGGCGGCGGAGGAGCCGAGCGGCCACGACGUGCACGGGCUGCUGGGCGACAUCGUGCACCGCUCGAUAGUGAUGGCCGAGCCGCCCGCGCUGUCGGCCGCGCCCAGCGAGCAGCCGCCCAGGAAAACACCGUGCCCGUGCAAGAAGAAGGACGGCUCCGCCCUUCCGCCACCUCCUCCACCGCCACCUGGGGAGGAAGGGGGCGACGCUGUCUCGAGUCUCAUAGACACCUUAAUGAGGAAAUCCGUGUGGGAACCCUGCACGCCACCUGAUGACGAAUAUCCCAUGCAGCCUGGGGAGACUGUUCAGGACGUGCUCUCUCAUUUACUGCGCAAAUCGGUGAUGGCA